AUGGAUUUUCUCCGUGCCUGCGUUUUGUGUGCUGCGGCUUUAUUCACCGUGUCCAAAGCUUUCACGCACAAGGACAUGAAGGAUACCCUGCUUCAAAAACUAGGACUGGAUGAAGUUCCGAAAAUUCACAAAAGGGAUUUGGAGAAUCUUGUAAUGCCUGCGCACAUUAAAAAUAAAUACCUGUCAAUGCUGAAGCUGCACCACGAAAGGCGGCGCAGGUCUCUGCCAAGCUUGGCGGGGAUUCUGAGGGGAAUCCCAGGAAAUGCAGACAUCUAUGGGGAGUUUGUGUACUCGGACACCACUCGGCAACGGAUGGUCUUUGACAUGGACACCCGCAUCCCCCAUAAUAGCGAGGUGACCAUGGCCGAACUGAAACUGUACAAGAAAGCCCCUCCUCACAAGCGCUCCAUGCCGGAGAGGAGGAACCACCGUCCGGUUAACAACGCCAGAGUCUCCAUCUACUGGGUAGAGAUGCUGGAGAACGGCUCCAACACAACAUCUCUGGUGGACUCACGGUUGAUCCCCAUCCAUGAGACUGGCUGGAUAAGCUUUGAUGUCACACAGGGUGUGCACUAUUGGUCAAAGACGCAGCAGAAAACACCUAUGAACCUAGAGGUGUGGAUCGAGGGCGAGAGACCUGGCAGCUACGCGGCAGAAAUGGCCAAGAGUGUCCACUUUACCACCCAGGACCAGACGGAAAACACCUUGGGAAAACCUGAGCUGAUCCUCUACACACUCAACCUCGAAGAGUUUGGGUCUCGAGGUGACUGUGAAAUCAAUCCAGAUAAGGACACGUGCUGCAGAGAAAAAUACUUCAUCAAUUUCCGCGCGCUCACGUGGACCCAGUAUUGGAUAAUCGAACCAGCGGGCUACCAGGCCUACCGAUGCGCUGGAGGGUGCAAGCAGCCCAAGCGAAACUACGGCUACGGGGAGCGGAAGUGUACCAUCGCGGAGAGCGCCCCGCUGCCCAUGAUGUACCUGGUCAAGAAGGGUGACUACACGGAGAUAGAAGUGGCCGAGUUCCCCAACAUGAUCGUGGAGUCGUGUGCCUGCACCAUGGACAACAUUUCCAUAGUUUGAAGUCAAGCGUUGUAGACUGGGCAGGGCACCUCCACAUUAACUCCAAGUACUUUUCUAUUGAAAGUGGGAAUAUAAUAAGAGGGAGCAUGACAGAUCUCUUGAGACAAAUUCUAUUCACAAGCACUUUGUAUUAUUGUUUUGUAAAUAAUUCAUUCAUAAUUUAGACUUUAUGAGUUGUAUACUAUAUUACUCAGAAAAAAAUGUCUGAUUUUGUCUC